GACUGCCAGCCUUCUUCCUGGGGCUGGCCAGCCUACUCGAAUUCAGGCUUCACGGAGGCCUACACGGAGGCCUCCCUGGAAGCCCCGCCCAGCCGCCGAUCAGCUGAGAGGCGCCCGGGAGAAAAGCAGCUUGCCUGCUGCUUGGAUGGCCGACCAGGAGGACCAGCAGGAGGGAGGGCAAACAGGGCAAGUGGCUGAAGGGUCUUGGGGCUGGGCAGGGGGCAAUGGGGAGUCAUGGGAGGUGUCUCUGGGGGGCCCCUCAAGGCAGUGGGGCCCCGAGGCGACGGCCUCCCCCGGCCUCAUGGUAGUUACGCCCCUGCGUAGAAGCAUUCACUCUUCCAAGAUGUGGUGGUGAUGUCCGCUAGCUUGAAGGGCACAGAGGAUAGCUUCCUGGAGGCCUGCCGGAUGGCUGUCCCCUAUUGGAAGCAGAGUGCUGGGCCAGAUGCAUCUUUGGUCGGAUCCAGCAAGGCUCUUCCGAGGUACUCAGGCCAUUGUAUUUCUUCCUGCAGUGUCUUCACGGUUGAGGAGGAUGGAUGGUUUCUCCAGACCGUGGACACCGAAUGGUCCUGUGAGAGUCCUGACAUCCAAGAGGCCAAGAUCCCAGAAGACAACACUAGGGAUCAGGAGCUGGACGUGGAGAGCUUUGUCAGUUCCCCGAGCGUCCAGAGGCCAAGCACCGUGUUGAGGAGGCUGCAAAACACCGCUGCUGACCAAGAGCCAUCCCUUGGAGAGAGUUCUUCCUUCCCGGGGGCCGAGACUCCACAUGCCAGCGUGGAGGAAGAGGGGUCGGAAGAGGACUAUGCCACCAGUUCCCCCAGAGUCCAGAAGCCAAAGAAGUGGCUCAUCAAGAAGAUGAUGAAGAACACCUACACGGUUGAAGACUCGUCCUCCGCGGAGUGCUCCUCUACAGACGAGGACGAUACGAUGCAUGACAUCAGCAGCAUCGAGGACGAGGUGUGGGACUCUCCGCUGACCCCCAGUUCGAUCCCCCAUGUCUGA